UGUUCGUUUCCUCUUCUGUCACACUUCAGUUAUUAUUCGUCUUGUUUUUUUUUGUUUUUUUUCCUCAAUAUACCUUAAAAAUCACAUAUUAUAUAUAUACAAGUAUCUCAUGAGAUUCAGGAAGCUGAAAAUAAUGCGAGAAUUGGGUGUUUAAAACUUACAUAUCACUGGCAGGCUAGUCAUAUACUUAGUGCUAUAUCAAAAUUGACAUUAGACAUGUUAAAAGUCAAAUUAUUCUGACGGUUGGAUAACCACAACGCUUACACAGAGUAAAUUCAAAUAGUGCAUAGGCUAUAAAUUAAUGAAAAGACUUGUGUAUUUCAGAAGAAGAAAAAAGAAAGAAAUUGAAGUGGAAUGUUGAUCAAAUAAGCCAACAGUUGGAACACAGCAUACAAGAAACAUUGCGAGAGAAAUAUGAGUACGAGAGCUUUAUGAAUAUAACACCUCACCAGUAUGCUCCACCUUGGAAAAUUGAUCUUGAACAACUUUUCACGAAUAUGGUUCUGUUUCAAAAUCCCCGUGAUGGAAAUGAAAGCAAAGCUAAGCAAAUAACUAUCGAACAAAUAGCAAAUCCUUACAACAGAAAAUAUAGAAAUGAAAACGUGUAUUCCCGUCGUGUCCUUAUAGAAGGGAAACUUGGUCAUGGUAAGACGAGUCUUAUGAAAUACAUUGCACACUUAUGGGCAACCAAUUCCAAGAAAAGCCCGUUCACUGGUUAUUUAGUUGUGUAUCUAGAGCUGAGACAAAUGAACAAGAACGAAAGCAAUGACUUCAUACACUACAUCAUACACCAUGCAUUUCCGAGUGACUUUGUAGAGAAACAUAAUAUAACCGUUGAUAUGCUCCGACAUUAUAUAAUUAAUAAUGAUAAAAAAUUUGUUUUUCUUUGUGACGGUUACAAUGAACUAAGAAGAAAUACAGAGUCACAGAUAUUAAAUGCUUUUUCUGGCAAUUCUCAGAGAAAUAGCAUAGUUAUUUUAACUACUAGGCCAGAAAACAUGGAUAAACUUACCAAACUCUGCCAUUCUCAUAUUAAAAUUAAAGGAUUUACGCCCGACCAAACACAAGAAUACAUAACCAAGUUCUUUAAGGAGGAACCGGAAAAAGCCAACUUGCUAAUUACUAAGCAAACUGUUAAAGAAUACAGUCAUGUUUUUGAAAUUGCUAGAACACCUUUGUUCAUGUUUUAUCUCUGUACAUUUUGGAAAAUAAGUGAAACAUUACCAUCAACAGUUAUUGAGCUUUACAGAGAAUUAAUGAUUUGCAAAGUUAAUCAAACUGUUGCUAAACAGGGUGGAGGGAAAAACAAGUCCAUGAAGGUGAGAUGCUUUGAUGAAAUAGGAACUGAAUUUUGCAAUGCUAUGUUAUUCAUUGGAAAGGCUAUUUUAAAGGCCUUAUUUGAAAAUAGAUUUCACCUUUUUGAAGACGAUCUCAGCGACAAAAAUAUGACCAGCGUGUGUAUUAAAUACGGUUUAAUAAGUGAAGAAACAAACCAAUCAGAACUAAGCUACCGAACAACCUAUUCAACUGUACACAAAUCUGAAUCCGAGUUUCUUGCAGCAUUUUACGUUGCAAAAGCAGUACGAAAUGGUGACAACAUUAAAGAUCAGAUCACGGUGAUGCUAGCAAACACUCGCAUGAUGCAAGUGUGCAAAUUUACAGUAGCUCUCAUGAAAGAGCAAGCUCAUCUUUUUCUUGAUUACUUUCCGAUCAAUAACCUCGACUGUUCAUUUUUGGCUGAACUUUUAGAAGAGUGUCCAGACAAUGAAGUAUCUAUUGUUAUCAAGUCCAUAAAUUUAAGAAUGAUUUAUGUAGAAGAGAUCAAAAUAUCAAAUCCUAUAGGAUUAUGUGUUUGUAGGAAAUUAAGUAACUUUACACAGACAAGGAAAUUAAAUCUAACAACUGACUUCAUUAAUUUUGAUGGAAAAGAUAUUGCCUCAAUCCUACAAAACAUGCCUUUGUUAAAAGAAAUCAAUUGGCAAGGGGUAAACGAUGAAUACAUGAAAACAUUUGUUAUUUUGCCUCCAUUUCCAUUUACAUUACAAACUAUCAUAAUGGAUGGGAAUAUAAAACAUUCGGAUGCAUGUAGAAACUUGGCGUGCUUUCUCUAUCAUUGUAAGUCAUUGACAACUCUUAAACUCCCUGUGAUAGCUUAUGGACCCGGUCUCUACUUGUUUGUCUCUGUACUUUAUGGUCACGAAAAAUGUUACCAAAAUGUACUAGAGGAUAGUCACUUUGAACGAGCCAAGUAUAUGCACAUGGAGUACAUAGCAUUUUCGCUUAAACACAUUUAUGAUCAUGAACACAGGAUUAUUAGUUAUGUGUUUCUUGUCAGUAGAUUUGUUGCGCUUUGCCCGUUUUUGAAACAAAUUUUCAUAUUUAAACCAUAUAAAUUGGAUUUUGGAGAAAAACUAUUCAUAGAACUUACUGAACUAUGUGUGUUUCGGGAGUAUAUAGCGGUGCAUCAUUCUUUGCCCUGUUCAUCUGACAAAAUUGAAGGUGUUUUGCAGAUACCAACUAAAAAUCUCGAAUUUAUGGUGAAAGUUUGCUUCUCUGGUUCAUCAGGGACCAAAAUGAAAAUUGACAUUGGCGUCGAGGAAAUACAAUCUACAUCAGAGAUCGAUUGUUCCUGUCUACAGUGGUUGUCGGUACCUUUCCAAAAAAUUCCGAAAAGUGUUUUCAAACAGAAUUCUCCUCACCGCAAUUCAGUAUUACACAUUUCUUGGUACAAAGAUCUACCUUUUCACACACAACCUGGUAAAGUUGGUAAUUUUGUUUCUCGUCUAUGUAACACAGCGGGUGUGAUAUCCUUAAUGCUGCCAUGUGAAGCAUUGUCUUCAAACAUAUUUAGCAAAGAAAUAAAAGACAUGCAUGUUGAAAAACUUAAGUUUUCACUUAAUCAAUUAACAGCAAAUGAGCUAUGCAAAAAAAGCUAUGUGAAAAUGAUUGGGGAUAUUCUUCCUCAUUUUUCCACUAUAAACACUGUUGCUUUACCUCCUCUACAAAAUGCAUUCACUUUGCCUUUUGUGUCUAAUGUUGAGCUAAGCGUGCUAAAUAUACUAAGACAACUUGAAAUAUUAAUACCAGAUCCAGACACAAACCAGCAUGCCUGUGAAUUGCUUAGUAAUAUGAUCAGAGGAAUUCCGAUAUCUUGGUUAAAUCAAAUGGACUUCAAUGGUGAUGGAUCCCUUUUAUUCUCAUUACCAACUAUGCGUGUUUAUGAGGAAUACGCUGUAAGACAACCAAGAGAUAAACGCCAAACGUCGAUAGAUGUGGUCAGACUCUGUUUAGCAGUCAAUCUGUAUGGAUUUAAGCCAUGUCACAUUCAAAACCUUGUAGAUUUACUUCAAAGUGUAGACAGUGGCUUACAACUUAGGAAAGUAUUUAUCCAUCCAAGCAUAAUGUUCACAAAUCCUUAUGCAACAAAAUUGGUGUCUGCAUUCAAAGAAAUUCAAAUUAUAAAAUGCAAUGCACUUGCUGAAUAUGUCCAUAUUGAUAGUAAAAUACAGAUUCUUAAUCGAAUCAAAGGCAUGUACAUCAAUGAGGUAUCGAUAGAUGGUUGGAUAGAAAUGUCAGAAACUGAAUUUGUAAACGCUGUAAAAGAGUCACAGGCUACAAAUGAUCCCCUUGCCGACUGGAUUUCUUUAAUUUCUUUACUACAUGAACUCCCUUCAGAUAUACGUUUACAUGUUUCAUGUUUUUCUUCAAAACUUAAAUCUAUGCGAACAGAAAGAGGAAAUAUAGAAAGCCUUGUUAAACUAUUAAAAAAUUGUUCAUCACUUCGUGUGAUACGAUUUACAGAUUUUGUAAUUUCAUUGAAGGCUUUGCAAGAAAUGUUGAUGCAUUGUAAAAUGCAUAACGUUGUUGUACCUUCAUUGAAUUCAAUCGAGUUUGUAAGUCUUGAAUCUAUUGAUAGUAGAACGCUGCAUCAGCUAUUUGACUUCUUCCCAUCUGUUUCUAAGAUGUUUUUUAACAAUGUUGUUCUCAACAAGACGGAGAGUUGUAGAACCGUAUUACCAGCUAACAUGGUCAACCCACAAGUCAGCACAGAUAGUUUCACUGAAUUAGUUUUCAGUGGAGAUAGUGAAGUUAAUGGAUCAGCCCUGGCUGAAAUAAUUUUCAGUUCCCCUCAUAUUCGCAGUAUCGAUGCGUCAAAAGGGAAAUUUCAUGAAUCUUGUUUUAUAAGCCUCCUUUGUGACGUUACGGAUAAAAAGGGGUAUAUCCAUAAAAAUUUAGAAACUUUAAGUUUAGGUAACUUCAGGGUAUCUGAUAAAAAAUCUGCAAAAGUAGGGAUGAUGUAUAGUCAAUUUUUACUUCAAAUGCCUGCUCUGGCAUAUAUUGACAUAUCUAGAUUUAAAAUGGGCACUCUUUUUCUCGAACCGUUUUUGGAUUAUUUCAAUCACGAUACCAAUUUUCACGUUGGCUUGAAGCAUUUGGAUGUUUCUGGACAUCGUUUACAAUCAGAAACAAUGAUAUUAUUUUGCGAUUUUCUAAGCCGUCUUCCUGAUUUAAACGUGCUUAGUAUGGCGAAGUGUCGAAUCUAUUCUGAUACUAGACAGCUUCUUGAUUUCAUAUGUCAUGACAAAAGACAAUUGCAUGUGCUAGAUUUUUCAGGAUUCUGUUUUCGUUCCGAAAAGUUUAAGAUGUUGUUUGUUUUGGAAAUUCUUCGUCGUACUACUAUUGUCCAGAAAUUAUACUUGAGAAAAUCAAAUUGGAAUUUUCUAGCUGACCUUUCUCGCGAGUUAAUAGGGAAUAACAUUGGACCUCAACUUCGAUGUCUUAAUCUUAGUCAUUCCCAUAUAGCUGACUUUGUUACAAUUGCAAAACUUGUGAUUGGCCUUCGACAUCUUGUGGUGCUAAAUAUGGAAAACUGUAAUUUUACUGGGCACACCCUUCAGAAAUUUACCGAGUCUGUACAAAAGUUUGGAGACAAUAUUGUUCCAGAACUUCUUGAGUUUGACAUAUCCUCAUCUGAUUUUAGUGCUCCUAGUUCUGGAGUUUCAGUAGUUUCUGUUUUAAAAACAUUUUCAAAACUUGAGAUUUUGCGCCUAAAAUCAUGCAACAUAACCGAUACCGUUGUUGAUAAUAUGCUAAUCAACUUAGAAGACCUGAAUGUGACAAAUUUGAGAAGUGUUGUUAUCUGUGAUAAUCCUCUGUCCCGCCCACUAGCAUAUGCCAUUAGCAUUGGUAAAUACUUACCUGUGUCAUGUAAAGUUAAAGUUACAUCGGUUUCAAUUGAACCACAAGAUGAAAAUAAUGAAUUAAAGCCAGUGUUUAUUGAAAAGUCUGGUGGCACAUAUAAUAGAUGUUGGGUAUUUUAAAUCAGCUACUGGAUGUUAAAAUACAUUUCAUUUUCAAUUAGACAGACAUAUUGAAAUUGUUUACAGUACAUAUCUGAUUACCAAGUCAGUGGCGGAUCAAGGAAUAAAUUCACACAUGAAGCGUCCAGACAACUACCACCAACAUUUUAUGCUGGAAAGGCACUCUCAAAAUCUAAAUGCAAUUUUCUUGAUUCUCCAUUUUUUUAAUUAAAAAAAUGUAGAGGGUGCUGGCCGUAUUAUUAUUUUGGCCAUGCACUUAAGACCGAAAUUACAGAGGAUGCUAUUCUAUGUCAGUUAAUUAAACUGAUAACAUAAAUAUGCAUGCCGACUUCCCCUCGCGAGUCGCGAAAGCAGUGUUCGCUGCUUGUGGAAUAUGAAAUUGCCUGUGAUGUGCAAGCUACGGUGUAUGCUGUAGUAAGGUAGGCCAAAAUAUCUUGGUAGUUGGUCGAGACAGUGUAGUCGACACAGUGAAAAUUAAUGGAAUAAUGUUUAGUAUUGUUAUAAUAUCCUAAAGCCUAGACACUGUUUACGUACAGCAUGAUCUUUGGAAGUUGUUUAAAAAGCAGCGUUGUAUCUGGUCGGUUAUUUGAGUAAUGCAGUAUGUAAAGUUGAGUAUGGCAUACACACAAUAUACCAGGGAAUUGUUUUAAAAGAAAAUUAUAUGUACAGUAUUAUAAUAUUUAUUUCUCACAAACAUUCCGUUCAUAUAUUCAAUAUAAAAGGAAGUAAUAUGUAUUAAUGCUUGCGCUACACUACGUAGUUGUUGGUUGAGAAUAUCUCGACGUUUCGAUUUAUUUUCUUCAAUCGUCUUCAGGAGAAUAAUCAUUCAAACAAUAUAAAUAAAAGUAAUAGGCAUAGAUUUAUUUUUAUAGCAAUUAACAUUGAUCUGACCAUCUAUGAUAUGUCGUACUGUAUAUUUUAAAGGCUGUCUACCCAAUUAAAAAAAAUGAAAAGCUUAUUUAAAACGAUUGAAAUAAGAUGGAAGUAAAAAAAAAAAAACUUUGACUUAAUUAACAGAAAAAGAAAUCCUUAAGUAUAGGAUAGGAUACUAUACUGUAAGCCUACGCAAAUAGCCAGAUUCAAUGCCGUGGCAAGUUAUUGGGACAGUUGGGCAGUCACACACAAUUUUUCUAAUGGGUCCACAAAGAUAGAGUCCAAAUUUUAAAACUGGGUCCAAAUUGUGCAAUUUUAUGCAUAAAAUGAACCCACUUUUUGAAAAAUGGGUCCAGAUUUCUCAUCUUAGCCUAGGUUGGUUAAACUUUUAAGAAAAUGGGUCGAGAUUUUUUUAUAUUUAGCGUUAAAUGUGUUAACUUAGGAAAAUGGGUCCACAUUAUUGGAAUUUACGCAUAAAUUGUCCCGCACUGUUUGAAAAUCCUGGCUAUGGCAUUGGCCAAAAUCAAUAUUACUGUGCUUUUUUAUCCUUUGAAAGACCAUGCUCUACGUAAAAUGUGUCUAGUCAUAGGGAUAUUAUUACAAUUAUAGUCCAUUAAUUUUCACACUGUGUUACCUACCAAGGCCAAUUUAACAGAUUCCAGCCUACUCCGUAGCAUCCACGCAUAAGUACUGUAGCUUACUCAAUAUACCACUGAACACGUUAUCGCGAGGUGAAGGUCUGGCAUGCAUAUUCAUGCAACUGACCUAAAAUAGCUCCUUCUGUAAUGUCUGCCUUAAGUGUAUGGGGAAAAAAUAAUGCGUCCGGGCCUGCUGGGCCCAUAUUCGUAGGUGCAUAUGUAGUCUGUCAUAUGGGGUGGUAAAUUUCAAUCAUAGUUGGUAAUUUUUUUACAUUUAAUAAGAUAUUUACUUUCUUCCAUUGAAAAAAAAUACAAUAUCGAUGAAACGUUAAUGCGUUAUGAGUACAUCAUCAAAGAAAGUAGGCACAUGCCCGAACAAAAUUGUUUUUAAACCAUCUUGUGUAAACAUUGUAUUUGCAAGGGAUUAUUAUUAUUUAAUGGUUAAUGGUUUUUAAAUGUAUAAGUCGCAAAAUAGAAAAUUUCUAUGCGCUGUAAAAACAUGUGUAGAUAUGUUUGGAGUGUGAAAGAAUAAAAAAAUAAAAAUGAAAUUUCCAAGCCAAGCCAGCACUACCAGUACUAGUAUUAACAGCAAAAGUAGAAUAAGAAUUUGUCUCAUCCAUGCAUGUAAUGAUGUAGUUUGAUAUAUAAUUUGAAAGCAGCAUAAAAACAUAAAAAAAAGUUUGAUUUAUUUUUUUAACUUUGAAAGAGCCUGCUAAUAUAGUAGGCCUACAGCAGUCAAAAUUGAUCUGACUUUUCAAUAUUUGUUUAUCUAGUAUGUAACUAAAUUGGAAUUCAGACUCCUCUAAAUAUGGUAUUUUUUCCAUUUUGUGCUCUGCAGUACUUUUUAUAAGGUUUCAGUGAAAAUUACGUAUUUUUUUCAAUUUUAUGUAUUGACUUGUGUGUUAAUUUGUAUGAGUUGUUUUGAUGUAUUGUUGACAAUAACUUUUGAGCCUAUCCAGGGUUUACAAGGCCGGUGGAACGACAAAUAGAAUAGAUACACCCUCAAAUCACGGUGUAUUGGUCAGUUUAAUUUGUGUUUACAAAUUCUUUGCAGUUUGAACAUUGAUCUUCGGAGCUUUCGAAAUGAAAUUUAUUUGAAACAUUACUUCAAACUGCAAAGCUUUGGUAAAUUUUGGAUUUAUGUAUAUAUUUGAAUGUCUUGUGUGUUAUGUUUUAAUUACUUUGUAAAUUAGAAUUAUCGUGUUUUGGUUUGUUCCUAUUAAUGACAACCUCAAGUCAAUGUCUGCCAAAUGUCUUGGAAAAGACGGCCAUUUGUACCAGUACCAGUACCAAUACUAGUACUAACCUGUUUUUAAAUGUACAUGUUGAUGUUUUUUUAAAGGUUUGUAAUAAUACAGAAAGGAAAACCUAAGUAAAGCAACACUAGUAUACGUAGAUAAUAAAUUUAAUAGGAAAAGUAAUACAAAGAAAAGUCAAUGCUUUUUGAGGCUCACUAUAAUCGUGAAACCCGGUUAACCAACUUGGAAUGACAAAUAUGAGAAUAAUAUGUGGAAAGUGUUACCAAAAUUCAAAAGACCAUAUUAGACAAGAUGUGCUAAAUUUCAUGGAGGUUUGAUAACUAACGACAGAGUUAGGACGAUAUUUAUUCAUGAGUAGGUCAUGCAAGGCCUAUCUGUCGCCAGAUAAAAAAUACCGUCUUAGCAUCUGCCAUGAAAUAAAUGCUGUGUAACACAGGGCUUUUUAAGAUGUUCAAAUCGAGGUGGGUUUAGUUUGGUUAUAGUACAGUUUAACCGUGUCGCCAAAUGCACGUAAUUUACGUUACAUAAUCGUAUUUCCCAGAAAAAAAAAAUUUAUUGCAGGAAAACCUAAAGGUAAAAGCAAAGAGUAUAAAUAGAACAAGAGAGCAAAGUCCGUUCGUAAAAACG